AUGUGCCGGUCGGUGACCAAGGAUCUUCACGAUCACAGCGUGCAGCUGAACCGGUGGUUCCUGAAGCCGAUAGGCGCGUGGCCGCGAGCCGCCGCGACUACGAGCGGCGAGAAGGCCGUGUCGCGAAUUUUGAUAAUCGUCUGCUACUCCCUGAUAGCCUUCACCGUGAUACCGUGCGCGCUGAAUCUUCUCUUCGAGGAGAAGGACACCGAGCUGAAGCUGAGGGGGAUCGGUCCGCUGAGCCACUGGUUCAUGGGCGGGAUGAACUACUGCUUCCUGCUGCUGCGCAGCGCCGACAUACGCCGAUGCGUGCAGCACAUGGAGACGGACUGGCGGAUCAUCCAGCAGUCGCGGGAUCGCGAGAUCAUGGCGAGGAACGCGCGGCUGGGCCGCUUCGUGGCGGGUGUCUGCGCGAUUUGCAUGCACAGCGGCGUGUUUCUGUACAACAUCGUGUCCGGUAUGACGACGGUCGUGGUGUCGGUCGGCGACAAUCGGAGCGUCUCGAUGCUCCAACUACCCUGUCCCUUUUACAACAAGUUAAUAGACAGCAGAUUCAGCCCGGCGAACGAGAUCGUUAUUGUAAUGCAGACCCUGUCGGGUUUCAUAGUGAACUCCACCGUCGUCGGCGCUUGCAGCUUAGCCGCGGUUUUCGCUAUACACGCGUGCGGCCAGCUCGAUAUUUUGAUGUUACGUCUGGACAAGCUCGUCGAAGGUGAUGGCGCGAAGGAUAAUGAAUCGGUCCAGCAGAGGUUGGCCAAUAUUGUGAAUCAUCAUCUACGUGUUUUAAGAUUUAUAUCGCGCAUCGAAGCUGUUAUGCAUCAAAUAUGUCUGGUAGAAUUACUCGGAUGUACGUUUAACUUGUGUAUGCUUGGAUAUUACUCCAUUACGUGGUGGAACAAAAUUGACAAAAAGGGCAUACUGGCGUACAUUAUCGUGUACAUAUCCAUGAGUUUUAAUAUUUUUAUAUUUUGCUACAUAGGUGAAAUUUUGACACAACAGUGUAAAAAGGUCGGUGAAACAGCGUAUAUGAUCGACUGGUAUCGCUUACCUCGUAAGACGGCCCUUGGUUUGAUACUGGUUAUAUCAAGAUCGAGUGCUGUAAUCAAAAUAACUGCUGGAAAAUUGGUUCAACUUUCCGUCGUGACGUUCAGCGACGUUGUCAAAACGUCUCUCGUUUACCUGAAUAUCUUACGAACUGUUACAACAUAA